AGGAAUAUGGUUUCAACGGACGCUCCUCCCGCUGCACCUCCAAAAACCCUCCACUAACAAACGCGAAAGACCCACAGUGAGUCUUUAACAGCACCGUUAUCCACCAGCCUGCAAGAUCACUACACAGAGACACCUCAAUGGUGGAGGCCGUGGUGGAGUUUGACUAUGAGGCGCAGCAGGAUGACGAGCUGAGCCUGAGUGUGGGCGACAUCAUCGUGAACAUCCGCAGGGACGAUGGGGGCUGGUGGGAGGGCGAGCUCCACGGGCGCAGGGGGCUGUUUCCGGACAACUUUGUACGGGAGAUAAAGAAAGAGGGAAAGCGUGACGGAGGGCAGGCUUCAGUUCUUAAAAAUGAGCUGUCCAAUGGUCGGGCCAGUCCUGUAUCCACGGAUACGGGGGUCAGACCAGGAAAGAAAGUGGAGCAGAUCCGUAAGCGCAGGUGUAAAGCGGCCUUCAGUUAUGCUCCACAACAUGAGGACGAGCUGGAGCUGAAGAUUGGAGACAUCAUCGAGAUCAUCACUGAGGUGGAGGAGGGCUGGUGGGAGGGAGUACUGAACGGUAAAACUGGGAUGUUCCCCUCAAACUUCACCAAAGAGAUCGUUCUGGACUCAGACACGCCCUCUAUAGACACGUCACAGGAAGACCUCCGCAGCGGACGCACAAGUGAGAAAAGUAAGGACAGUCCAGGCAGUGAGAGCGACGGAGCCGACAGCCGCUCAGACACAGGCUCAGUGGAGAUUCAGCCCAAGAAGGUUAGAGGUUUUGGUUUCGGUAACAUCUUCAAAGAUCAGCCCAUCAAACUCCGACCGCGAUCGUUAGAAGUGGACACAGAGGCCACGAAGUUGCCCGAGGGGAAAGCAGCCACAGAAACAAUGAAGACCGAACCGGACUGCAAAACAAGAGGGCGGGAGCAGUGUAAAGUCCUAUUCCCGUAUGAAGCACAAAAUGAGGACGAGCUGUCAAUCAAAGAGGGCGAAGUCAUCAACAUCAUCACCAAGGAGUGUGCAGACGCAGGCUGGUGGAUGGGAGAGAUCGGAGGGCGACAAGGAGUUUUUCCAGAUAAUUUUGUCAAGUUGCUAUUGCCAGAAGUAGAGAAAGAGAGACCAAAGAAACCACCUCCUCCCAGCGCUCCCUCGUCUAAAGCCAACACAGAGAAAAAGUCAGAGCUAAAGAAGGUCCCUCCUGAGCGCCCAGAACACCUCCCACACAGAGAGCAGGACAGAGGUGAAGACUUGAAGCCUGGUGACAUUCCCAAGCCCACCCUCCCAUCUGUGUUACCCAAGAAACCCCUACCCCCCAAAACCAGCAACUCCUCCUCCUCCUCCCAUCCUCCGAGACGCCCUGAAAGACCACCCACACUAGCGAGUGAAAGCCCCAAAACUGAGGGCAGAUCUACGACUCCAGACUCCGCCCCUGAUAGGUCACAAGACGCGGAUAUGGAUUUAGAUGCAGUCGUGUCUUCUACAGAUAAACUUAGUCACCCAACGGCAUCACGGCCACGAGUCACAGACAGACGACCCAGGUCCCAAAUCUUCUCACAAUCAUCCCUACCCUCAGCAGAGCUCCUGGAAGCACUAGACGACAGAAAAGACAAAGACAGAGGGAAAGAGGAACCAGAGCCUGUGACUCUGAGGAAAACAAUCCCUGCCCUCUCAGCAGCUGACAGUAAAGCCCCUCUCCCGGUCAAACCCUCGUCUUUAAACCCUCCAAACGCAGUGCUCCGUCCCGUUUCUCCUUCCUCUUCGUCAGGUCUAAGCCCCUCCCCCGAGCUCCGGCACUCCCCUCUGACUCCACCCUCUUUGGAGGAGCUCAGGAGCCAACUGAGAGACCUGAGGGCAUCUGUAGAGAUACUCAAGACCCAACACAGACAGGAGAUGAAGCAGCUGGCCUCCUCUCUGGAUGAGGAGAAGAGGAUUCGUAUUAGUUUACAGAUGGAGGUAGAGCACAUAAAGAAGAGCCUGUUGAAAUGAACCUGGAUUUUCCUGUUUGUCACAUCUGACACUCCUCCUCAGCCAAAAUCAACUUCAGCCAAAAUCUCAGUUUGUGCCAAAUCUUCAUCAACUCCUCCUCUUCCUCCUCCUCCUCUUCUACUGUCACACCUGCCCCAAGAACGCCUUAUCCUCUGUUCAAACGCUUCAUGUUUACUACUACUUACCAUGAGAGCCGCCAACACAAUGGUUAUACGCUGUGUGUUUCAGUUGUUACAUGCAGAGGUGGAGAAUAUUUGGAAAAAUUUUAGAAAAUAGUAAAUUUAACACUGCAGGGCCAAAGUAACAUGACAACGAACGUUAGCUCUGGAUUAGCGCUAGGUUAUUAAAUCAAAUGUGUAAUCAUGUCUGUAUAAUCAUUAUUUUAGUGUCUAGAUCAUUUGACCUUUGACAUAUUAUAUUAAAGAAGACUUGACAAAAUAAACAAAUAGAUGGGUUUAUGAGGGUUUAAACACAUUGGUAAAAGGUGAGAGGAGGGAUGGGAGGAUUGUUGUGUCCUUAGGCAAGACACUUCUCCCACCUUGACUAGAAUUAAUGUUGAAAAUGUAUGAUUGGUGUGAAUAGUGUGAACAGUGCAUAGGGCCUAAUUUAAAUGGGAUAACUAGCUUAAAAAUAUGUCAGAGUGUACAAUUUAAAAAGAAAAAGACUUGUAAUCUAUGUUUUAAAGUAAAGUUCCCAAAAUCCACUAACAGUAUCAAGCCUAAAUCUCCCUAAUCAUAGAAAUGUUUGCAAUUUUCUACUUCCACCUCUGCAUAGAUUGACUGCGUUUCCAUGGUUACAGUCCACAGAGCGACCUCGCUGGUACCACCUCAAAUUAAGUUCUUUUUGCUUUUUUUUUUUUGUUUGUUUUUUUGAAAUAAUGUGAGUUGGACCACUGUAGCCACGGGCGGUUCAGAUGAGCUGUUCUGUGCCCACUCCGAGGCCUUUGACUCUUGAUAUCCACCAUCUGUGAAAGAAAGGAAGUGAAAUUAGACAGGCUUUGUUUACAAAAAGCAAAAGUGGCAGAAAUUUCGUAUUAUAUUUGCAUUAUUAUCAUUAUAACCAUUCCAAACAAGAUGAGUUUUGUAUUUAUUGUAUGAACUAGCUUUGGUGUUUUAAAUGGCUUGUGUCUUAAUGAGGUAGUACAGAAUUUAUUUUUGUGUAAAGGAGAACCAUAUCAAUUGACAUGUGUAUUAUGCAAUUCUGUAUUUUAAGAAUAUCAAUAAUACUCGCUAAGUAAUCGUAUCACAAUAUUAAAUCAUAUAAAUUUCAUUUUAACAUUUGAUUGUAAGAUAGAGGAGGAAAGAGGAAAGUAUGGUGCCACGUCCCAUAGUCUAAAAACAACCUGGUCUAUGCAUUGGUCUAAGAAAAUGACACAUUAUAGAUCAUUGCAUUGUAACUGUACUGUUCAAAAAAGAUGAUUUCAUAUUUGUAAGUUACUUUGACAGUUCACAAAUUCUAUGGGAAAAAAAAUAUCUGGGCUAACUCUAUUGGAAACACUGUAUUAUAUGUUAAAAAUGACUAUACUAACAAAGCGAUAGGCUCCAUGCACAAUAGUUAGUUAGCGCCACUACUCCCUGUUAAAUUUUACAAAUAAACACAAAUAAAAUGAAAACUUCAGCUGAGGACACCUGUAUUUAGAAAGAGAGAAGUCAAAUUGAGCCACUUUCCCUUUAGUGUGAACAAAGCCUGAACAGAAUAUGAAAAUAUGGACCUACUGGACGUUUCUCUUUAAUUUAAUUUUGACAGUGUGUAUGAAGCACCACUGACGCACUGAGCCGAUGUUUCUAUGGUACACUGCAGGCGGAUGAGUCCCAAACAUCAACAGUACUCUGGUUCUUUUAAUGUCUUAAUAGUUUAUUUUAAUAAUAUUUAAUUGGCAGUCAAAUAUUGGACUUUAUAUUGGAGUUAUUUUAAAGUACAAAAAGCACACGGAUUUAACUGAAAAGGAUUAUCGACUAAUCUGGGUGCUAAUGUAACAGGGUAGACUAACAUUUUAACAUGAAUUUUGCCAAAAAAUAAGUUAUGUUUUUGCUGCAAUGAAAAUUAUUGGUGUAGAAUUUCCAAUAAUUUUUGUAGAUCUUUUUGCCUUAAUGUCCUCAAGUUGUAAAUCACAUUAAUCAGGAUUUGUUUUGUUAUUUCCAAAUUUUAUUUUAUUACAGACUGCCCAGGCUAUGCAAAAGCUGUUCUUCUUCCACCAGUAUAGAGUCCUAUCUUUAUGCAGUUUUAAAAGCAUGAUAACAUAGAUACAUUGUGACAUAAUGUGAUGAAGCUAAAGGUGCACUAUGUAACUUUCCUGGUGGGGUCUGCUUUUCUCUAUGUAGAUGUUAUUGCUUUGUCUGACGGCAUUCAGUUUAUCUAUCUCAUAUUUAUCCAGCUAUAUGUUUUUUAGUGCUAAGAAAUACCUUGAAAAACAUGCAUUGUUGCUGUAAGCGGGGGUGACUCUCCACAGAUCUGACCUCUAACUUGUGGAACAUUCAAGGCACAGCAAUAACACAGCAGUAACAAACAAGCAGGUGGCAGACUCUUUACUAGAAAAGUUACAUAGUGCUGCUUUACUGAAGCUGCAUUGCUCGUGUCUGCUUCUGUUCAUUGAUAGUUUAAAGUGUAACUACUGGCCUUUUGCUAAUAAUUGAAUAGAAACUAAUAAACAAAGCCCAUUCUUACAGUGUUUACUUGAUACAACCUUUCUUGCAUUUACAUAUUUUCAAACUCCAGUAUCUAUAUGUUCUAGUUGUGCCCAGUUGAUAUUUGACUGCUCAUUAAAUACCUACUUGAACACAUCUUAUCAACUCACGUGUAGUUUCAUUGCCUUUAUAUAAUUUGCAUAUUUGCACCUCAUAUCCUGUCCCAAGAUUGAACUGAUGUCUUUGUCAACAUUACUCUUUUGGACGAACUUCUUACGACAAUAUUUCGCACAGGGUUUUAAAGGAAUGUAGUCAACAGCAGUUCCUGAUAAGUGAGUGUUUUCUAUCUGUGUAUGCAUGCAUGUACUGAAGAGUGUAUGGCUUCCUUCAAUGUACACAAUCUAUGGCAACCCGUCACUGUGGCCUUCCUGUUUCAGAUGAUUUUAAUUUUGUGGUUUGUUUUUUUAUUUUCUUUUAUAUGACAAUACAACACAAAAUACUGCUACAAAUGAGCUGCAAGACGUUUUUUCUUCUUUGUUGAGUUGGUCCUUUCUCUCCAGGAUAGUGAAAUAUAUAAAUAAAUAUAUACUUUUAUAUUUCAGUGUAAUAAAGAUGCUAUUAUGUACUG